AUGCUCUACAAUAAUUCUAGAAAAAAUAAAAACACCAGAGGACCCAGGACCCAGGACCCAGCACCCAGGAUCCUCCAGCAGCCUCCUCGUUUGGACCCUGUGUGCGCAUAUAUAUUUAUUCCAUGUACAUAUUCCUGCCUGGCGCAGGGCACCCCCUUCCAGGAUGCAGGUCGCAGGACGCAGGACCCAGGACAAAGGGUGACUGCUGGCGUUUAUUGUCCUGCUCCUGCUCCUGCGAAUGGCGGAGCACUGGAGCACUGGAGAACGUGGCCCGGCAAGUGA